AUGCUUGAUGGCAACCAGAAGGGGACAAUCACUGUCACAACGCGGAAGCCGCAAGUUGAAGACUCAGGAGUGUACUGGUGUGCACGCUGCAUGCGUUCUCAUUUUACCCAAAUAAUUGAGAUUAAGCUGUCUGUUUCCAAGAGGGAGUAUUUCUUUUCAAGGAAAAAAGCCGAGGAUACGGAGCUAGGGAGAUGCAGCCUCUCUGCUGAGCGCCCGUACAACGUGCGAGAUGACGAGGCUGUGCGGAAAGCCCAGUGCAAAGGGACGAUCAGGGAAGAGCGAGCUGUCCCGGAAAUUAAGCUGGCUGUUUUCAUAGAGUUGCACAAGCAGGAGCUGGACAGUCUCUCUGUGCAGUGCCCGUACAGCACACUGAGGUACAGCACAGGGACAAAAGUCUGGUGUCGAAGAGAAGGUCCGACUACAUGUACAAUUGUGGCGAGGACAGACUACCCUUCAACACGGCGUAAUGGCAAAGCUCUGGAAGGCAGAACGUUGAUCCAGGACGACAGCCUGCAGAGGACUGUCACCAUCACCAUGCAGAAGCUGCAGGCCCAGGACACCGGCGUGUACUGGUGUGAAAUCUACAGUAGCCUUGGUCUCACCCGGAUGAUGGAGGUCAGGCUCUCUGUGGCCAAGAGUGAGUACCUACUGGCAGCCAAGGGUGGACGUUGGCAGAUUUCAGCCCCACCUCCCCUGCUUGUUCUCCCUCCCGUCCUGCGCCACACCACGGAGAAGCCCAGCGCUGCCGCCGCACAGCUGCCGCCCAUCUCCCCCCGCCUGCCUGUCUCUCUGGCGGGCACGCUGGCGGCUGCCCCUUGGGCCUGGACCCAACAGUACACAGCCAAGGAGUCAGGCAAUGUCUCUGUCCAGUGUCUGUACAGCGUCUCAGACUAUGGGGCUGCGACCAAAGCCUGGUGCAAAGAGGGACUUGCGAAAGCAUGUACCGUACUGGUCCACACGAAUUGGAAACGCUCAGGGUACCUCAGGACAGCUCAGCAAGGCCGAGUCACGAUCCAGGACAACACCCAGCACGGGAUUGUCACCAUCACCAUGGAGAAGCUGGAGGCACAGGACGCCGGUGUGUACUGGUGUGCGCUUUAUGAACAGUCUCAUCUUUUCCGAAUGGCGGAGGUUACGCUCAGUAUUUCCGAGGUAUCGGGUGGAACAACUUUGCCAGGUACUGCAGGCACAAGUCAAUCAACCCCUUUUGGCAACACCCCAGCACUGAGCUCAAAAGUAAACACCUCUGUCCUACUCUCUGUGAUCCUGAGCAUCAUGUUCGUCCUGGCACUUAUCAGCUCGGUAACACUGUGCAUCAGGCGGCGCAAGCAGCAGAAGAGAAGAGGUACCAGCCAAGCAGAGGACACCUAUGACAAACCAGAGGACAUACCACAGCUUGACAGCACUGAAAGAAUGGAAAGUCCCAAGGAUGACAGCAAAGACCUAAAAUAUGUUACCCUGAACUUUAAAUCUCGACUCAGCCCUGAGGAUCCUCUCUACUGCAAUGUUGAACCAAUUCAGACUCACAGGAAACCCGAAGAUGAAAAUGUGGAAUAUGCUAUCAUUGAACUCAAGCAGUUACCGACGAAUGACAAAGGAUGA